AUGGAACUCGACAAUUACAUUGAGAAGCUCGCUGAGAUCCUGCUGCGAACGGACGACGACGCCGCCCGAGUAUGGCAGCGCGUAGCCCAAACCGCCGAAACCGCCUGCGCCGAUACCGCACCGUCCUCGGACAGCCACAGCACCACGGACUUUUCGAGCGCAUCUACCGACAGCAGCCGUACCCCGGGCCUAGGAUCACUGUCGGCCUUGGGCAGCGAACCACCGCCAUUAGCACCACUCUCCCGCCCACCCGGGAAACCAGCAGCACCAGGCAGCAAGACCACGUCGGAAACACCGGGGUCCGCACCCGCAGUGAAGGGCGGUCAGCCGAAACCGCCGCCGCCUCGACUACCCGGGAGCACUCGUAGGCCCAAGAAGGGGCCUAAAAUUAGACCAGCACCUCCCAGGCUAGUGAAUCUAGCGCGCCGAUCCACCGCUGCCGACCAACGCGGGUUUCACGGACCACCCACCGGCCCACCAACUGGACCAGCUGUACCGGAGGAUCUCAUCCCCGUCAUCACCUUGGACGGGCCCACCAGUACGCCGCCAACCACCACAGCACCGAGUAUGCCGGCACUCAACAACGACGAACCGGAAGUAAUGCCCGUCGUCUGGGCCGGGCCGUCCAUACGGGCCAGCGAGCCCUUCAACGGGAAAGUGCGCGUAGUUCGGGUCCCGCCAACACCGCAAGCCGAGGUCCUGUCGAUCAAGCAACCACCGAUGCAAGGGCCCGCGAUGCCACCACUGGUACCGAUCCUCCUACCAACCGGAGAGCUGUGGCACGUGCCGUACUUUGCGGUAAAGGUGUCCCGGAAGUACCGCCUCCGUACCCUGGAAGGACGCUGGAGCCUGCGGUUCAACAGGCAAGGACAGCUACGCUAUGCUAACCGCAUCGGCUAA